AUUUUUGCCUGCGCAGCACGACUGUUACCUUAAGAAUUUUCUUGUGAUUGAGUGAGAAUUUGUGUUUUAAUUCGGUUAUUUACCCAUUAUUUUUCUUUCACUGUUCAGUUUUUCCUAUUUCUACGGAAAAGUGCUACCAAAUAAAUUGCAAAAAGGACACUACAGCCAAGGAAAUCAAAAUGAGUGAUUCAGCUGACCAAAACGACCCGCCAAAGGAUCCGAAAGAACUGGAGAAGCUGGAGGAAGCUAAGCUCAAAGCCAAAUUCCCAAAUGCAAUUCUGGGAAAAGGUCCUGGGGGACACUCAGCAUUCUUGCAGAAGAGGCUAGCUAAGGGACAAAAAUUCUUUGACUCUGGAGACUAUCAGAUGGCAAAACAACGACCAAGCAACCUAGCAGCGCCGUUCAAAGCGCCCGCCGUGCCAGCCAAACAUCCUACCGGCGACGCCAUUCCCACCCCAGAGACUGUGCCUGUACGCAAGACCUCCAUAAUCCAGCCUAAGUUCCAACCCCCCACACAAACCUCCUAGCCAGGCCCGACUGCCGCCGCUGCGGUCGGCCCAUAUCACUAAUUCGAUAUUAUAAUUUGUAACUCCAUUACGCGUAGCACUUUUGCAUCGCUUAUUGUUUCUACUCAUACCAUUUUAGUAUUUUUGUGUUAGACUCGUAUAGUUCAUCACAUUAACAUUAUUUCCAUCACUCCUAGGUGUAAAUUUGUGAUUUUCAUAACUAGUGUUCUAUGUUAAAAUUAAAAAAAAAAACUUUUAUAAGGUCAACUGUUACGUUAUAUAUAAAAAUUAGGUAUAGUGAUGUGUGUUGGGAAUGUACGUGCGAUUAUGUUCUCAAAUGUUGCAGAUGUUGUAUUGUAAUUUUUCUGUUUUAGUCAAUGGAUGUGGUUAGUGGAUAGACUUGCCUUAUAUAUAGCAUGCUGUAAUAUCCACUUUUAAAUGCUGUUAGUUGCACUACAUAUUUUCAAAUUAUGUUAUACAUUACGAUUAAUUCCUAUACUCAUUUUAUUCAUAAUUAUUAUUUUGGUCAUAUUCUGUGGAAAUAGCAAAUUUUUUCAACCAAUGAGAACCAAGGAAUGAUCCACUUGUUUGUUGUCAAACAGCGCUAAAGCAACCCCUAUGUUUACUUUAACUAAACUGUUUGAAAUAGUCACUAACAUAAUGUAGGUAGUACGAUAUUUUUAACACAACUGUGUUGACAUUCCUACAAUUUAAACUAUGUCAUUAUGUCAUUUCGAUUCAUAUAGAUAUUUUUCAUAAUUGAUUUUUAAUAUCACUUUUGUCCUAUUAGUGUACAUAAUGUUUUAACAUUUAAAAUUUUGCUUGAUACGAACUAACCAUCUUACCAUGUAACUGUUUGUACUUAAACUUUUAAUCGUGGAAUUAUGUUGAAAUUUGCAUCGUUUUGAGCGCCUUUAAAUAACGAGUUAAAGCACUCCGAUGUUUCUCACGUUUAUUGACGCGAAGUGGUAUUACGCUGGGCUGUAAAAUGGACACCAAUUCUGUAAAAUAUGCCGUUCGCUCGUAUCGUCCGAACGAAACGGUCUAUAUAUUUAUAUAGAAACUACAUUAGCCUGGUUAAAAAUAUAUUUUACGUCAAUAUUUGUGUGGAAACGGUUACUCAUAUAGUGCUUUUGCUCGAUUUAAAGGCAGUUAAGAGGAUCUCUGUACAUAUUGCCAUAAAUAACAAGUAGCGUUGAAUACAAAGUGAUCUUAAAGUAAGAUGAGGUUUUAAAGCUCUCUAGUGCGGGACACAGGACAGAAAAGUAACAGAGUCUAUAUGUUACAUUUAUUUUUGUAUGUAAUGUCCCAACCAGAGUACGGCCUAAUCAUUUCCCUUUUUAUCGAAAAGAAAAACCGCACAUACAAUUUUAGGCUCCAGUUACAUUGCCGCGGGACGGUAUGGAAGUGAUUUUUUGUAACGAAACUAACGACUCAAUAGCUGCGUUAAUUCCCGAGCAGUGCCGGCUUAAGUAACUAAACGUGCGAUUGCUUUCCAACAUCAUUAAUAAUACCUUAUACAAUUGACAUAAAGUUCAUUAUGCUAUGUUUACAUAAGUUCGUUUGUAUUCCGUGCCGAGCCAAUGGAAAUUGAGCCUUAGGUCUCAGAUUCGAAGCCACAAGUAACUGCUAUAAAUGCCAAACUAGUCUGAAAUCGUCUCUUGGAGGAGCCACCACAUUUAUUAACGCUUAAUCGGCUUGAGCCGGUCAGAAAAAUCUUUUAUGUGUAGGUAAUAAGAGCUAAAGAAACGCACAACGACUUUCGCACUUGCCACAUGGACAUAGUCCUUAUUCUUAAUGCGAUUCCAUGUCGAUAAGUGUGGACUUCUGUGCACUACUUUAUCUUAUGUACCUUUCUGUGUGCAUGUAAUUCACACCCUAUAUUCAAUGUAUAACUUAUUUGUACGUGUCGCACCCUCUUUAAUACAGUGACGUCAUUCGAUAAUAAUUUUUGAGAAACCAACAAAAAUAGAUUUUAAAAAAGUACUAGCCAUUUGCCAGGUGCCAGUGACUGUUAAAUAUGACAAAGUUCUAUUUGAUAUGAAAAACGAGAUAUAGUCUUGUACAUUUUUUUUUUUCCAAUUUAUUUUGUUAAUAUCCCACUAAAGUUACUUUUCGAUUGGUCACUUUAUUAUUGAAGUUGCGAUAUAUCUGUGUUGUGUAAGCCAUGUGAAAUACUAAUUCUUGGAUGAAAAUAAAUUUAUAGUAACCAAAAUGUUUUAAAGAUACUAUUGCACUGUUUAUAACGCAAUUAGAAAUUUGGAUAACCAGUUGAACGAGCAUUUAGAAGGAAACGGAUAUAAAAA